UUCCCCAAAUCUCCAAAAAUCUCCGUUGUAUUUCCAAAACCCAUAUCCAGCAUCAUUGAUCAAAACCCACAUGGAUACAGAACACGUGGCUGAUCGGCACAAAGUCCCGUCAGUUAUCGGUGAGCCCAUCAAUUCCGAUCAAGAAAUUCCGACGGCCGUGACGGUUAAGCGGACAAACACGAGCUCCGGGGCUCGCAUUUCGACUCUGAUCAAGCAAGAGUGCAUUGAGGAAUUUGAUGAAGUUGCGGAAAGUCGAAGGACUUUGAUUCCGGAGCCGAAGGCCAAGAGGGUAAAGAAGGAAGUUCCUGACUGUGAACUGGUUUCAGUGCAACAGAUGAGACCUCAGAAUUUGGAGGAUGGCGAUUUCAAUAUUGAGCCGGAUUGGUUCUUGGCGGGAAGCACAUUGGUUUCUGCGGUUUCGACUAGUAAAGGCAUGAAAUUGUUGGACAAUGAGAUUGUUCAUCUCUCUUUUCCUUCCUCAAAUUCCAGCUACAAAACCCAAUGGAUUGUUCGUUUCUCGACGAAAAGAUCAGGAGAGAUUGGUCGGUUUCCAAUGGAAUGGGCAAAAUGUGUUGUUCCUCUUGUGAAUUCGGGUAAGGUUAAAGUCCUUGGGCGGUUUAUGGGUGUGCCGAAAUUCCUAUCUAUGAUGCAAGAUAUCAUAUUGUCUGUAAGUUUUUAUGUUCACCAUUCAAUUUCCGCUGCUGUUGAGGUGUCUUCAUGUAAGCGAGAGGAUUCUUAUCCUUUCCUCAUCUUGUUCAAAUUGCUGAAACUCCAACCAUAUCAGAAGUGUGAUCUGGAUGAAGCUGUCAAACAAAGAAAGGGUAGCCAACAGUAUGCAUUAGAAAACAGAGAUGAAGAAGCCAUUUCAGAGUCUUCUAUAAAUAACAUUGCUGGUGCUGCAGAUGCUUGUAACUUGAAGGAGAUGGAAACCCCAAGUACUCUCAAGUGUAAUCUGAGGCCAUACCAGAAACAAGCUCUCCAUUGGAUGUCAGAAUUUGAGAAGGGGAUUGAUGUCGAGAAGUCAGCACCAACUCUUCAUCCUUGCUGGGAGGCCUAUCCUAUAUGUGAUGAGUAUGCAAUUCUAGCAGAUGCAAUGGGACUGGGGAAGACUGUGAUGACAAUUGCUCUAAUACUUGCAAGACCAAGGAGAGGAAACUCUGAUAGUAUUGAAAUUACAAAGAAGAGAAAGAUACAUCAAGAUACAAUGACAACAUUAAAGCCAAAGGGAGGCACUCUUGUUGUCUGUCCUAGCGUACUCAAGUGGAAGGAUGCGCUUGAAACCCAUUCAGAGUCAAAAAGUAUUUCUACUUUGGUCCAUGUUUGGGGGAGAACCAUCAGCCCCGUGGUGAUUUCAGAACAAGAUGUGGUCUUGACUGACUAUGAUUUUCUGACUUACGAUUAUUAUUCGUAUCGCGAGAACAGUGUCUUACACCAGGUUGACUGGUAUAGGGUGGUGCUCGAUGAUGCUGAUACUCUUGGAUCUUCAGGGGCAAAAGAAGCUGCUAAGGCUGCUUCUAUGCUGUCCUCUCAUUGCCGAUGGUGGUUGACAGGAACCCCUCUUAAGAUUGAUUUGGAAGACAUCUACAGCCUCUUAUGUUUCUUGCAUGUUGAGCCAUGGAGCAACUGGGCAUGCUGGAAGAAAUUAAUUCAGACGCCUUAUGAAAAUGGUGAUCCAAGAGGAUUGAGAUUGAUAAAGGACAUUUUGAGGCCAUUGAUGUUAAGAAGAACAAAGGAGGCAAAGGAGAAAGAUGGAAGCCCCAUACUCAUUCUUCCUCCUGACGUUGAAACUAUUGAGUGUCAUCAGUCUGAAGCUGAACAAGAGUUCUAUGAUGCCCUUUUUAAGAGAUCAAAAGUUCAGUUUGACCAGUUUGUGGCACAAGGCAAGGUUCUUCACAACUAUGAAAAUGCCCUUGGGCUACUGCUCUGUUUAAGGCAGUGUUGCAACCACCCAUUUUUUGUUUCGAGUCAGCAUGAUUCACAAAACUUUGCAGACUUGGACAAGCCUGCUAGAAGAUUCCUUGAAACCCAUCAUGAUUCUCCAAGUUCAGAUCAGAUUCUCCCCACCCAAGGAUUUGUUGAGGAUAUCCAUCGGGUUGGAAGUACAGUGUGUCCCAUAUGCUUUGAUUGCACAUAUGAUCCUGUACUUACACCAUGUGGACAUAAGAUGUGCAGGGAGUGUCUGUUCUCGAGGUGGGAGAGACAAAAAAGAUGGAACUCCCUUGGUCGUUUUGGCAUUAAUCAAUGCCAGGUAUGUUGGGAAUGGAUGGACAAAACUGAGCUCAAAACUUGCACAUUAGAAAACUGUUUCCAGGUUGGAGUUGAGGAAAACUGGAAGGAGUCUUCUAAGGUUUCAAAGCUCUUGAACAUCUUGGAACAAAUUCUUCAGUCAGGUUCUGAUGAAAAGUGCAUCAUUUUCAGUCAGUGGCCUUCAUUUUUGGAUCUCUUGGAGAUCUCUAUGAAGAGAAGAAAUAUCGUGUUUCAGAGGAUUGAUGGCAAUCUGUCGGAGGAUAAGAGGGAUAGGGUUUUGAAGGACUUCAGCCUUUACCGCACCAAAGAUAAACAGGUCUUGUUGAUAUGUUUAAGAACUGAAGCUGGUUACGAUUUAAGUGCAGCAUCUAAUAUCUUUUUAAUGGAUCCAUGGUGGAAUCCACCCGCCGAGGAGAACAUACUAAUGAGAAUUAUACGCAGUAGAAAACAUCGAACUGUUGUUAGAAGAUUUAUUGUCAAGGACACAGUGGAGGAACGCAUGCAACAGCUUCAGUCUAGAAAGCAGCAAAUGAGUGUGGAAGUUGUCCCUGUUGAGAAAGAUGGAUCGGCCAGAAUUGAGGACCUCAAAAUGAUUUUCAGAUGAAUUAUCCAUAU